UCGCGGCGGCGGAGCCCCUUCCCCAGGUACCGGCGUCGGGGCCACAUCCGACGUCGCCCUUGCACCUCCCACCGCCGUCCCUCGGUGCAAAUCCCAGACACGACAGUGUUAAGAGUUAUUUGCACUCCCCACCACUGCGGCCGGUAUAUCUGGACGUUGAUCUUUUGGGAUGUGGCGCAGCCAACGAAUUCGUACACAUAUAUUCAUGGAAUUACCUUGUGGGAACCUAGGGAGAGCCAUGCUACAAGAGCGACUGAAUGAGUUGGAGCAGGCAAAGGCUGAUUUCUUGCGCAGAAAAGAACAGCUGGAAUUUGAAUUCAAUCAGAAGAGAGCCAAAUUCAAGGAGUUGUACCUCGCAAAAGAAGAGGAGUUGAAGCGACAGAAUGUUGCACUACUGUCGGCAGAAAAUGAUGUAACUCGGCUGCAGGUGCAGCUCAUAGAGGCAAACGCUGACAUGGAGAAUAUAAAAGCGGUAGCUGCAGUUUCUGAGACGACCAAACAGGAGGGAAUUGAUGAUGUGAAGCAGCAAUGGCAGGACGAAGUUGCUUCAAUGCAUGCUAUAAUGAAAGAGACAUUGAGAGAGUAUGAGAUUCAGUUUCAUCACCGUUUGGAGCAGGAGCGCACACAGUGGGGACAGUACAAGGAAGCAAUGGAACGCGAGGUGGCAGAUCUGAGGAGACGUGUAUCUGAAGGACAAGGAGAGAACACCUUAGAAAAUGAAAUGAAGAAAGCUCAGGAAGAUGCUGAGAAGCUACGAUCAGUGGUGAUGCCCAUGGAAAAAGAAAUAGUAGCUCUCAAAGAAAAGCUGUCAACAACUGAAGAAAAGGUUGAAGAACUAGAAGCCUCAAAGCAGGUUAAAGAGUUAAAUCAUUACCUCGAGACAGAGAAAUCCUGCAGGACAGAUCUGGAAAUGUAUGUUGCUGUUCUCAACACUCAGAAAAGUGUGCUGCAAGAAGAUGCAGAGAAAUUACGUAAAGAACUGCAUGAAGUAUGUCAUCUUUUGGAGCAGGAGCGGCAGCAGCACAACCAGCUGAAACACACGUGGCAGCGGGCUAAUGACCAGUUCCUUGAGUCCCAGAGGCUGCUGAUGAGGGACAUGCAGCGCAUGGAGAACAUUCUCACGUCAGAGCAGCUUCGACAAGUGGAAGAACUAAAAAGAAAGGAGCAAGCUGAAGACGAACAGAGGAACCUCAACAAAGUGAAAGAGAAGAAAUCGCCUGGGACUGAGGAAGAAAUAUCGAUAAUGAACUCCCAGCCACGUGCGGAAUCUCCUAUCAAAUCCCUCCACACUUUACCUGAUGAGGAGCUUUAUGGAAAUAGCAUCCACGGGUCAGUACACUCCUUGGAUUCUGAUCUGUCGACGUCGCUUGCAGGUCCUUCUGCUAAACAAGACAGUGAGUUAUUUCGUGAGGGCUUAAGAAGGGUGCAGUCCACUGACAGUCUGGGUACUUCUGGUUCCUUGCAGUCAAAGAGUUUAGGCUACGGACAUAAAGCAAAAUCUGCAGGAAAUCUGGAUGAGUCGGACUUUGGACCUUUGGUUGGAGCAGACUCUGUUUCUGAGAAUUUUGAUACGGUUUCGGUUGGCUCUUUCCAGAUGUCUGGUUCCUUCAUAUUGACCAAAGAUCAAGAAAAAGCAAUUAAAGCACUCACACCAGAACAAGAGGAGACUGCAUCCCUUUUGUCAAGUCUUACACAGGUGGUGGAUAGUGCCCCUAGUGGAUACAGAAUGGUCAGUGAAAAAGAAUGGAAUUUACUUCAACAAGAGGUGCAGAAUGCUGGAAACAAAUUAGGCCGUCGCUGUGAUAUGUGUUCAAAUUAUGAGAAGCAACUACAAGGAAUCCAAGUGCAGGAAGCAGAGACCCGGGAUCAGGUGAAGAAGCUACAAGUGAUGCUACGACAAGCUAAUGAACAGCUGGAGAGAACAAUGAAGGAGAAGCAGGAGUUGGAGGUUUAUGUCAAACAGAACUCUGAUGAUACAAGUAACCAGGUGGCUAAACUGAUGCAACGAGCACAGGAGUCUGAGAGCUUGCUUACUAAUAUGCAGCAGUCGUUUUCCCAAGCCAAAAGAAGCACCCAGGAGCAAAUGGCGGUGCUUAUUCAGGCACGGGAACAAGUAUCCGAGGAGUUGACCAGGCUACAGAAAGAAAAUGAGAGUCUUCAGGGGAAACAUAGUUUGCAUUCUUCUGUUCUUCAGGAAGAGAACUUCAUUCCACCAGCCACUAUGGAGGAAUUACAUGAACUUGUGCAGAAAUAUCGUGAAAACAUAAUCAGUGUACGGACAGCCGCCGAUCAUCUGGAAGAGAAACUAAAGGCAGAAAUCCUUUUCUUGAAGGAGCAGAUACAAGCAGACCAGUGUCUGAAGGAGAAUAUUGAAGAAACUUUGCAGUUGGAAAUUGAUAAUUGCAAGGAAGAGAUUGCAUCUUUUUCCAGUUUGAAAACUGAAUUGGAGAGAGUGAAAGCGGAUAAAGAUCAGUUGGAAGCCAGAUUGCAAGAGAAGUCCAAACAACUGGAAGAACUUGAAGAAGUGAGGAACAAGUUAGAAGAACAAGUGAAGAAGGAGGGGUCUGCUAAGACCAAUCUAGAACAGCUGGUGUACGAGGAGAAAAAUAAAGGCCAGAGAUUGCAAACUGAACUGGAUGUCAGUGAACAAGUGCAGAGAGAUUUUGUUAAACUCUCCCAAACUUUGCAGGUGCAGUUGGAGCGGAUUCGUCAGGCAGAGACCCUGGAGAAUAUUCGUGCGAUCUUGAAUGACACGAAACUGACAGAUAUUAAUCAACUUCCAGAGACAUGACAUUAAACCCUGGCGAUUUCAAGGCUGCAACAGUUUUUACUAGACCAGACAUUUGUCUUUGUAGAAACAUUUUAAUUCUUAUUUAACUCUGAGGGAACAGAGUUCAUGGAUUAAUAGUGUGCAGUAACUGAGGUGUAAAUGUUUCUAGAUUGACUUUGACUGCAGUUAGAGCUUCCCAACUCAAGUGAAAUUCAAAAGGGGAACACUAUUGAAAUUUUAAAUUUAAGAUAUAAUGAGAUCUCGAGUGUAUGCUGUGCUUAAACUUUGAAAAAAAAAUCAUUGAUACAAGAAUUCCCAGUCGAUGGAGUUGACACAUCUAACCUCUUGCUCUGCUUUUAAAACCAUUGUUUAAUCCAUUUGUACAUGCACACUAAAACAGCAUCAUCCUCAAUGUCUAGCUCACUCUUUCAUUCUCAAAAUUGUAAACAUAUUUGUUUAAUUGGUCUUUCUUUUAAUGGUACUGAUGCUGGAAUUUGGGAAAUUUAUGAUCUUACUAAUCCUUGCCACCAUUAUCCAGCUUCUGUUAAAUCAUUAUUUAUUGUACUUGCAUCCCCUGCAAGUUUUGCAUUGCUCUUGUGAGUCGUGAAGUGCAUAUAGAGUUACUCGCUGCACCACAAGUUUAAUUGAAAGGGACAGUUGAACAAAAUCUAUAUAACUAAUGUUCAUUAACUUAAAAAAAAAAGCAAGAAACAGUUGAUUCACCUUUAAACUGAAGAUAAAAGUUGAUCCAUAUUAAAGCUAACUACAGUGGUCAGGUUUCCAAAUAAUGCAUUUUGAACUGAACAUUUAAAAAAUUCAUUAUCACCAAUUAAAACCAAAAUUAGCAUUGGAAUCAGUUGGUUAUGUUCUUCAUAUUGUUGGUGUCUAAACGUAUGAAGCUGUUUCCGAAUGGGAUGACUAAUAAUAAAAUCUCUCUUGCCUUUUCGUAACUGCCUUUUGAAGAAUGGAACUUGGAGAUGUGGAGUAUUCAUUUGAGAAAUGUUGGACUACCUUGAAGAUUAUAUAGUCAUUGUCCUCAUACACAUAUAUCAAAUUUCCAAGCACAUUUCUUUUAUAAUUUGACCUCUUUUAGCAAUUAUUUGAAUAUUACCCAAGAUUCCUACAAGGAUUCCUACACUUGGUCACUGGUUGCCUUGGUCUGUGGAUUAGUUUUGUUCCCAGAACAUUUAGUUUAAACUCAGCCCAAUGAGAAGUUACUGAACUAUUUCCUUUAGCACUGUGCAGCAUUUGGAGACUUGGUGGCUUUUUGCCACUAGCAGGAAAAAGCUGUUUGAAACAUGGUGCAGAGGUUGUUGUGUUUGGCUGAGACAUUCUAGAAUUGUAAUCUGUUGAAGACCCUGACAGUAAGCAAAUAGCAGUGUAUGCCAGCACAGUCAUUGCAGAGAGGUAAGGUUGCACAUAAUUCCAUUAAAUCAUGUUGAGAGGUUUGGAUUAAGGGAACAAUAGAUCAGCCAAUUAAAUGGUUUGCAAUUUCAGACAUUUUGAAAACUCAUUCUAUUUCUACCAAAAUAUUUGUAGAUGAACAUUUAAGAAAAUAAUUAUGCAUUGUUUUAACAUGUAUCCAUGAACUUUUCAUUUAAGCCUCUUAAAACAGCAAAUUUACCAUACAUUUAGAUUCCUUACUGUGUCCCUCAGCACUUGCUUUAAAUAGAAAACUAGUACAGUAUUAUAAAAUUGGAUGCCUCGGGCACUCCCAUUUGAACCCUGAUCUAAAUAUGGUAUGUAUGACCUGACUGGCCAAUUGAACCAGAAGAUAUUGUCUGCAGUUUUAAAAUUAUAUGUAUAUAUAGUUCCUCUUAUCAGAAUUGACUUUAAAGCAUUGAUCAGUUGUGGCUGAUUAAGCAACAUGAAAUCCUGGCAGUAAUAAAGUACAGUGCAAAAGUGCAGAGGGAAAAAGGUGAUAUGUUUCCAUAUUCCUUUGUCCAUUGUUGGGACUAUCAUGUGCCGUUUCCCUAGAUCAUAGCAUGUCUGUAUUUAUUUAGUCCAGUGGUGUAACCACGUUUUAACUGCCUACGCCUCCUAAUGCAAAGCUUCUCAGACACUUUGAUACAAGAGCCACGUCUUACUGACACAAGUUAUCGGUGUCUUCAAGUGUGGAUGUACAAUUCUGCUGUUUACAGACUUAAAAUGUAAUCAAUUUAACUAUACUGAAGGUGUCUUUAUGAAGAAAGUGUUUAAAUAAAAUAAAAGCUGCUGGAGUAAA